AUGAUCUCCACACCAGAUCAGAGCACAUGCACAUGCCCAAACCGUCUCCUCACAAUAACAUCCUUCCUCCUAUCGACCGCAAUAAUUCUUUGCGCUUCCAUAAUAAUCGCAGCUAUCUUCUACGCCACAAAACGCAUUCGCAAUUCUCGCAUCGACCCAGUCGACAAGUAUAAUCGGCGCAUGACUCGAUUUGUCGUUGAAAUGAAAGCACUAGUGGAAAUAGGAAGUGCAUCACCAGCCGCUGAGACGUAUGACGAGACAUGGGGGGUCAGGGAUCAUAUAUUGUUUGCCUUAAACCACAUUGAUGACAUUGAGGAAGGAGACGAGCCGCCUUGGGUGAGAAAGGACAUGACUGUUGACGUCUGGAUGGUCGAGUUGAUUCACGGAAUUGAUGUAGAUUUGGAGAGUGGUGGCAGAGAUUGA